UUUGUUAGCAAGCUGAAUAGUUGGAAGGCUAAAUAUGUAGUUUCCGAUCUAUAUAGUUAGUUUGGAGCUAAACAUUUAGCUAGCAAACAAAAUAUUUAGCCUCAAAGUAAAUAUUUGACUUGCUAACUAAAUAUUUAGUUUUGAGCGAAAUAUGUAGCUUAAUUGUUGUUUAGUUUGGGACUAAAUAUUUUGUUUGCAACUUAUUUAUUUUUGAUGUUUAUGCAUUAAUGAGUAACAUGAUUUUCUGAUACGACAGGCUAAAUAAUCCAAAUUAAUUCACUGUUAUAUAGUUAAUUUUGGACUCUAUAACUCUCCCCCUUCAGGAUCCUCCACGGUAAAUCAGUUUUGUAAACACCGGACCUGUUGCAGGUUCUGCAAGUCAGUUGGGUCUCGGUUCUAAUUGUGGUCUGGAGUCUGGUCUAGGAUUGGGCCACUCUGCCCUCUGCUGGUGUAGGCCCUGCACUGCAGCCGGCUCCAUUUUCACCUUCCAGGUGAUCAUGUGUCACUCAGAGAAGAUUCAGUUUCACUGCUGCACCAACCUGCUGCUGUUUGCCACAGGUGUGCAGCAGAACCGCAGUCCGUUCUGGAUCGGUCGGGUUCAGAGACCAGAACCAUGGGGCCCAAACAGAGCUGAUGUUUGAGGUUCUGGCUCCGGUUCUGACAGAAGUAUUUUGUGGUGAUGACGGACUCUGGGUUGGACUACAUCGAGCUGCUGCAACACGAAGUCAACAAGAACCCAGAUAGGCUGUUGGAUGUGGUGAAGGACGAGGACCAGGAGGAGGCCCCUCCACCCUGCAGGACCCUCCUGGCUCCCUGCUCCAUCCCCCGGAGCCUGGUGAUCUCCCCCAGCCUCGGAGGAACACCGGUCACCCCCCAGCUGACUGAGAGCCUGAGGAGGAUCCUCUUUGGGGGAACGUUUCACGUCUUCAACUACGAGUGGAGGAAGUCUUUCUUCCAGUUCAGAGAACCAGACUCCGAGCUGUCGUACAUCCUGGAGGCCGACAGAGGCGGAGCUCGCGCUAUUCAGAUGGUCAUUCAGGCCCGCAUCAUCAAGUUCCUGCUGUUCAGCCAACCGGGCAUCACAGACAGACGGACGGUGCACAGCCUCAGUCAGCUGCAACAGAGGGACCAGGACAAGGCGCUGGCAGCUGCGCUGUCCGACAACCUCUGGUUGGCCGGCCAGGAGGAGCGGGCCACCGUUACCCUGGUAACCGAGGACUACUGCAUCACUCCUCACCUGGACUACAAGCUGGACGACUUCACGGAGAAGCUGCAGCUGUUCACCUUCAACAGGAAGGACGACGUCUGGAAGUUCAUCCUGGACCACAUUCAGUGUUUUAAAGCAGAGGGGAGUCAUGGAGUCAUCCUGUUCCUGUACAGCCUCAUCUGCUCCCGGACAGUCGACAGGCUCAGAGACGAUCUGAGCUCCAACAUCUCCCAUCUGCUGCACCUCAGCCUGGGAAACUUUGUGUGUCGACAGGCUCUACUGAACCUGCUGCUGACGGGCCGAGCCAGUCCUCACGUCUUCAACGGGACGCUGCAGUUUGGGGAGGACGGCCAGCCUCUGGAGCGCCCCCUGCUGGGAGUCCUGUCCCGUAGUGAUGUGGGUUACCUGCACUGGAGCCGGGAACAGAUGGAGCGAGGCGGGUUGCCUCAGGUGGGCAGCAUGCUGAAGACCCCCCGGUUCCCAGUCUGGGUCUGCUGCAUCAACAGCAGCUACUCGGUUCUGUUCAGCCUGAACCGGUCCCUGCUGUCCGACUGGAGGAUGGAGCACCAGUUCCAGCUCUUCUACUGCAACGGCCAGAACUCCCAGAGAUCCACGGCACGCCUCACCGUAGAUACUCACUCCCACCACUGGGAGGCGCCGCCCGCAGAGGCAGACCCGGAGAAACGGUUCCCGUCACUGGAGAUGACCAUCAGGACGAAGUGGGACGGCGCCGCCAUCGACUGGAACGGGACCGACCCGUUCUACUGACCAUAAAACAAGGCGGGCUAUGGCUCCCCCUGCUGGUGGAGACAUGGAUAUAAAAUUUGUACGAAUUAUUUUAAACUGAAUAUAAAUAAAAUUAAUAUUUUGAUGCUUUAAUCUGAGCCAAAGACAAAUUCUCCUUUGUGUUCUGAACCAAAACAGUUGAAAUCUCCAAAUCUGCUUCUAAUCAUCUUAAAGCUGAACUGACCCCACCCCCAAAUGCUAGACUAGUAAAGUGGGCGGAGCCAAGACAAAUUAAAAUAUUACUUAUUGAAACUGUCAGUAUGUUAUGAGAGUUAUGAGAGAGAUAAAGUGUGAAAAGAUCCAUCUUCACCUCCUCCCAAUUAGCGUCUGAAGAAAUGGACCAAAAACAACCAAUCAGAGCCAAGAGGGGGGGCUUGGUGCUGUUAAUCAACCUCAGGUACUCCCUGCUAAAUGUGCUAAUGGUGGAGAAACAAUUUACUGCUACAGAAAAACUGUCAUCUGUGUAUGCUAACGAACUUUAGCGUUCACAACAUGCAUUGCUAGCUGAAAUGUAGCAGAGAGCAAACUGAGGAAGUGAUUAACAGCGCUAAGCCCCGCCUCCUGGAUGUAAUUGGUUGUUUCUAGUUAGCACUGGGAGAAGGCAAAGGAGCUUUAUUUUUUUUUUCAGAUUAUCUGUCUGAAAUUCUGUCACAUGUUGACAGUAUUUUUUAUAAAAUGACGUACUAC